UAAGUAGCCGUUGCCACUUGCCGCUGCUCCUAUUCAAAUUCAAACGUCAGUUCUUUACUUUAGACUGUUAAGUCUCAACUCCCAACUCCCAAGAGGUAACAGUUGCACUUUGCACUCAUCAUGGAAGGGCUUUUGUUAUCCUGUCAAUCUCCGGCAGUCGGGAAUCGGAAUUUCCGGCAGAAAAUCAGCCGGAAGCCUUUGCAGCCGAGGAAUUUUCUGGUGGAUCCAAUUGAUGAUCAGGUGAAGAAGAAUCCCAAGCCUAAAUGUACCGAGAUCGAGAUCUCGUUGGCAGGCGAUUCGGAUAAGGAGAACCGGUUGAUCACCGCGACGCCACCCAAUAUCGGAUCUUUUGAUACCUCUCUUGCAGAGGAAUUGAGUGCGAUCCGGAAGAAGCUGGAACGGUUGAGAUUUGACAAGGAAAAGACACAGAAGAAAUUAAGAGAGAAGGAUCUUGUGUUGGAGAUGAAUAUGUUGGAACUCCAAAGGAGAGGUGAAGCACAGAAGCAGCUCGAGGUAAUGGUCGAAAAGCUGCUGGCAAUGAAGAAACUCCAGUCUACCUGUAUGAGAAUCACUCCUAUUCAAUCGCUCAGAGAAAAGGAACAAGAAAAGAAGCUCAAGGAAGUUCAAUCGCAUUCACAGGAAAUGAAAUCUGAGGAGAAAGAAUGCGCCUUGGAGAUGAAAUCUGAUGAGAGAGAAUGCGCCAUCGACAUGAAGGGAAAAGAAUCUAUAGACAAAAACCCAGAGCUGGGUCCUUCAGCUGAUGAAAUACCAGAGAAGGCAACGGAUUUGUAGGGCAUAAGUGGAACAAUCGCUCCCUGUCCCACUCCCAUACACUCCCAGAAUGGCAGGAACCCACCUACAAUUUUUUUUUUAUAUUUUUUUUGAGAAUUCUUUUGCAAGGAAACUAAAUCCAAGAUCAGAGUAAUCCCUGGUUGAUUGAUGAAUGGAUUUUGUUUCUGUAAUAUACUUUUUGAGAGUACUACUUGUAUUCAUACAUUCAUACUACAAUGGUUUAUCCAUUCUGGCACUUCCAGUUACUAAAAA